UGUGUGACUCGCUCAAGUAGCAAAGCCCAAUUUCCUCCCGCCUCUCCAACCAACUUGCACUUUUCGCAUCUAUUGCCCUAUCCACAGUUGGUGCUUCGUACCGACACCCAAGGUUACCUGCUCGAGACUUCGUGUUUUUACCCGUUCAGCUGACACUCAAUAUUGCUCACCGAGUUUCUUUCCCGUUUCCCUUACUGUCCCUGUCUUGUUGCAAGUGAUCACCGAACCUAGCGCGAAGGCAGAACCAUUUCCGUCGUGUAUAUCAUCCUGGUGUAACGACAUUCAAUGGUACGAAUAGACGUUUCCCGCAAACGAAAAAACUUGGAGCGAUGUCCUCCAGGGGGAGAUGGUCGGUAUGAUGCCCUCUUCGGCCUGGCGUGGGCCCUACACCAUAGAUACGAAGAAUACCGUAAAAUCGGCGACUUGAAAGAGGCAAUCGAUUUGCAUCGUGCUGCUUUGGAACUCCGACCAGUCGAAAACAAGUGGGAUGAUCGGUCCAGGUCACUUCACGACCUCGCUCUCUGUCUUUCAUAUAGAUAUAACGAGCAGGGGGCAGUCAAUGACUUGGAGGAAGCCAUCUCGCUUGGACGUGCAGCACUAGAACUCCGUCCACCAGGCCAUCCUGAUCGUGAUGCCAUUCUCCACAAACUCGCUGGCUACCUCAAGUGCAGGUUUGACAAACAGGCUGCCAUCAGCGACUUGGAGGAAGCCAUCUCGUUCUCACGUGCAGCACUAGAGCUCCGUCCACCAGGGCAUCCUCGUCGUGAUGUUACUCUCCACAAACUCGCUGUCUGCCUCAACGCCAGGUUUGACAAACAGGCUGCCAUCGGCAACUUGGAGGAAGCCAUCUCGCUCUCACAUGCAGCGCUAGAGCUCCGUCCGCCAGGGCAUCCAGAUCGUGAUACCACUCUCCACACUCUCGCUGUCUGCUUCAACGCCCGGUUCGACAAACAGGCUGCCAUCGGCGACUUGGAGGAAGCCAUCUCGUUCUCACGUGCCGCACUAGAGCUCUGUCCGCCAGGGCAUCCUCGCCGUGAUAUCACUCUCGACAGUCUCGUUCUCUACCUCAAGAGAAGGUUGGACAAACAGGCUGCAAUUGGCGACUUGGAGGAAGCCAUCUCGCUCAGACGUGCAGCACUGGAGCUCUGUCCACUAGGGCAUCCCGAUCGCAGCAAAUAUCUUUACGACCUCGCUCGCGACCUCUGGACGAAGUUUCAGAAACAAGUUGACAUGCCUGGGUUGCACGGUGCGAAUUCUCUUCAUCAAGCUGCGUCGGUGGACCAUCCAACAAGCACAGCUGAUCUCGCUUCCUCACUUCUCGCGCUCUCAUUCCACCUCUGGGACAGGCUCCCGAAGGAGGCCGCGACGACUGACUUUGACGAUGCUAUUUGCUGUGCAACGUAUGCUCUGCAACUGCGGUUACCACGAGACUCCCAUUACGAGGGAGCUUGGGUUCAGAGGCCAGCCCAGGCCACCGACUCAAAUGAACCUGUCGUACUUGGUCGAGAGAUAGACGAUCUAGGCGCUCUGGUCAAUUACUUUGUGAGGCAUAGAUCUGGCAAUCAACACGCAAUUGUCGGUCUGAAUGAGGACAUAACACUGUGUCGAUAUGUAUUACAAUCCUUCCCGAUCGACCAUUCCGGUCGUGCUUUGUCCUUGCAUAACCUGGCACAGUGUCUAGCACACCGGUUUCGUCAACAACCCGCAGCAGCAGAUCUCGACGAGGCUAUUUCGUUGGAGCAAGAAGUCUUGCAGGUACUCAUGCCUGGGGAUCCCACUUACGACAUAUCCCAGUGCUCCCUUGCAGCCUACCUCCGCAUGAAGGUCAAGUCACGAGUUGCUAUGACAUCCUCCAAUGCCUCACCUGUUACCCACUUUGACGUCGAGCAACUCAUUCGUAAUGUUGCAUUUGAAGCCCUCAAAACCAUGCCGACCAGGCUGCUGCACACGCAUACUGGUGUCCUAUGCAACCGGCAUGCGCAGUUGACCCGGUUUAUGAACAGCCAACAGUACAAACAGCUGGUGUCGCUUUGCACAACGUGCUACCCAGAUCAGCGAAUGGAGCUGGUCCAUACGGCCAUCUUGAAAUACUUUCAGUACGUCAUGCUUUCUCACCGUUGGGGUGAAGACGAGCCAUCAUUGCGCGACAUCGAGGGCCACCUGAUAUAUGAUAUGUCAGAAAAGGAGGGCUUUGAAAAGCUGCAAACCUUCUGCGUUGUUGCCUGUGAGCGAGGUUUUCUGUGGGCAUGGAGUGACACGUGCUGCAUAGACAAAGACAGCAGUGCUGAGUUGCAAGAAGCCAUAGGAUCGAUGUUUGUGUGGUAUCGACGAUCUUCCCUAACCAUUGUGUAUCUCUCUGAUGUUCCGGAUACCGGUUCGUUCGAGAGCAGCGAAUGGUUCAGACGUGGGUGGACCCUCCAAGAACUACUGGCCUCCGGAAACAUAUUAUUCUACACUCAAUCCUGGUCACUUUACAAGAACCUCACAUCUUCGAACCAUAAAGCCGAUAUCGCGGUGCUGGAAGAGCUGGAAAGGGCGACUGGAAUAGAGUCCCGGUUUCUCACUCACUUUUCCCCAGGUACAGAUGACGCUCGUUCGAGACUCCAAUGGGCGUCAUUACGUCGUACCACGCGGCCUGAGGAUAUCGCCUAUUCACUUUUCGGGAUCUUUAAUCUUCACCUUCCCGUUCUGUAUGGUGAAUCUGCUGAGAACGCUCUUGGGCGUCUCCUGGCGGAAAUCAUUUCGCAGUCUGGGAAUAUCUCAGCUCUGGAUUGGGUUGGGGAGGCGUCGCGGUUUCAUAGCUGUUUCCCUGCCCAGAUCACCUCGUUCCAAACGCUACCAUUGCUCCGACCUCAACCUGAUGCAGAAAAGCCCUCAGCGGCGAUAAGUCAGGGUCCCUCACCAAUAUCAUUCGAAGCACUGCGAAACUUGUGUGGCUCACUCGCGGCGCCGCUCUUGCCAGACAUUUUCAGUCGUUACUUUACAUUAUCCAAUAUCGACCAUCACGUUCCGGGGGUUCAUUUGCGAGCCCCGGAUUCAUACUCCCCAGGUGACGUGUACGACUUCCACUCACUCACUAGGGUGCCCCUUCCACGUUUUCUCAAUCGCCGCCUCAUACUACCAUGUAUUGCGCAUUGUGUCACAGUGGUUCAUCUGAAAGGGUCAGAUCCAUCGGCACCGAGUUACACGUAUAGCAUCCAGGCAUUCGGUCUGAGGCCACUUGAGAUCACUCUUCCAAACAAGCUAGAAGAUGAAACGCGGCUGCAAGGUUCUCUGCAACUUGUUCGCCCUUGGCACUCGAAAUUUCCUGGUUCACCUGCUGAACUAGAUGCCGCGACUGAAGAGCAGCUGCUCUCUACCCUUGAGAAGCCAUUUAACGCUCUUCUGUUAAGUCAACUACCUCAUAACGAGCACAAGAGGAUCGCGUCUUCUACGCGCAUUACUGCUCAGCCCAUAGACCAGGCCAGCAUUCUGAAAAGCAAAAUUCGGAUAUUCAAUAUUGCGUAGAUAGCUGUGGCGUUAUGAUAUCUGGUAUCGACAUCCACAUUGUCCUCCCCUUUACUUUUUGUUUUCCUUCGUCCGAUCAUAUCUUGUAGGAGU